AUCAAAACCAGAAGAAGAAGAAGAAAAAGAAGAGGAGACGGCUCAUCCUCCUCACUGACAGCUGCUCAGGAUUUCAGGAACUUUUCCCCUCUCCUCUGGCCUGACGGACCACCAGCCCCUCACCAUGAACUACCUCCGCCGGCGCCUGUCCGACAGCAGCUUUGUGGCCAACCUCCCCAACGGCUACAUGAUGGAUCUGCAGAGGCCGACCCCUCCAGGCUCCUCCACUUCCUCCACCUCCUCCCCCGCCUCCCCGGCCACAGAGCGGCGGCAGCCCCCAGGCAUCCCGACUCCGGCCCCCAGCCCAGCCCCGGGUUCGGGCUCAGGCCCAGGCACCGGCUCAGGCUCGGGCUCCGGCUCCGGCUCGGGCUCCGGCUCGGGCUCCGGCUCGGGCGCGUCUUCAGGCGCAGGGAGCUUCCUCAGCUCCUUCUCCAGCGUAGUGAAGAGCGCUCAGAUGGCCCAGAAUGUCGCUGCUGCAGCUCACGCUAAGGCAGCAGCAACUGCAGCUGAAGGUCAGCCGCCUAAACCCGUCAUACGCAAGCCCAAGAUCCUGCUGGUCAUCGACGAUCAGAACACAGACUGGUCCAAGUAUUUUCGAGGGAAGAAGCUGAACGGAGAGUAUGAGAUCCGGGUGGAGCAGGCGGAGUUCUCAGAGAUGAACCUGGCCUCCUACGUCACCUCGGGCUGCAUGGUGGACAUGCAGGUUAACAAAGGCGGCACCAGAGUGGUCAGAUCCUUCAAGCCAGACUUCGUCCUGAUUCGCCAGCACGCCUACAGCAUGGUCCCCGGUGAGGACUUCAGGAACCUCGUGAUCGGCCUGCAUUUCGGCGGCGUCCCGAGUAGCAACUCCCUGUUUUCCAUCUACAACUUCUGCAGCAAGCCCUGGGUGUUUUCUCAGAUGAUUAAGCUCUACCACUCUCUCGGCCCUGAGAAAUUCCCCCUGAAUGAACAAACCUUCUAUCCCAACCACACACAGAUGGUCACAAUCCCCUCCUGCCCUGUGGUGGUCAAGAUGGGCCACGCCUACGCUGGAAUGGGAAAGAUCAAAGUGGAGACCCAGCAGGACUUCCAAGAUAUCACCAGCGUGGUGGGUUUGGCUGGGACCUAUGCCACCACCGAGCCCUUCGUACAGUCCAAGUACGACAUCCGCAUCCAGAAGAUCGGAAACAACUACAAGGCCUAUAUGAGAACGUCCAUCUCUGGGAACUGGAAAGCUAACACAGGCUCUGCCAUGCUGGAACAGAUCGCCAUGACCGACAGAUACCGGCUGUGGGUGGACUCCUGCUCUGAGAUGUUUGGGGGCCUAGACAUCUGCGCGGUGAAGGCCGUCCACGGAAAAGACGGCAAUGACUAUAUCAUCGAGGUGAUGGACAGCUCCAUGCCUCUGAUUGGUGAGCACGUGGAGGAGGACAGACAGCUGAUCACAGAGCUGGUCAUGAACAAGAUGGCCCAGGUGCUGCUGGGAGUCUCCACUCCUCAGCCCUCCGCUGUCAAGACCACUCAGCCCAGACGAGGGGGACAACGAUCCGCUUCCGCUUCUCCUUCUCAGUCGGCCCAGGGCUCCCCUCAGAGAGCCCGAUCAGCCAGCACCUCCCCCAGCCAGGCCUUCCAGCCUGGGCCCAUCCCUGCCGCCUCCGGGCCCGGAGCUCCGAAACAGUCCCCCCAUCUGAACAAAUCCCAGUCGCUGACCAACACCUUCACCGAGACGCUACGAGGAAGCGUGACCGACGACGAGGCCAAGGCUGAGACCAUCCGCAGCCUCCGACAGUCUUUCGCCAGCCUCUUCUCCGACUGAACCCCCCUUCCCCCUCACCACCCAAAAAAAGCUUCUUCUUUCUGUCUGUUGUCAGGUUUGGGGAAAAAAAACCCGACUGGUAAAUCUCUAAUGGAGUGUCCCUGCUCCUCAGAGCCUCAGCUUCCUGUUCCUUCUCUCUCCUUCUCAAUAUUGUGAAGUUUAACACCUGGUGCAACCCGCUGUCGUCAGAUCAAUCACUCAUCUAUCACUAGAAAGGCCAACAGAUACUGGGGGCUGACACGAAGGCUAAGAUCCACAUCUGCCACAGUGCAGAAUCAAACUCAGCUUGAUGAUUAACACAUACAGAAAAUAGAUCAAUACAAGCCUCGAUCCAGCUGUACAAUUGCUGAGCCUUUUCCCUCCUUAUAUCCAUAAUAAUUUCAAUAGAACAGUACUGAUGUGAAUGCCCCCUAGGAUUAGGACAGCAGUCAGCUGAUGCUUUGUCCUUUCUAGUGGUAAAUAAUUAUAGUAAAUAAUCAUAACGUAGCUCAUCAUGUUUGGUAUCUAGAGUCGUUAUUCUACAUUCUGUUUGUCCAACCAGUGAAACUGUUCUUUAUUGCAUUAUGUUUUAUCGGUUUGAAUAUAUAUUUAUUUAUGAAAUGAAAUUAAUUCUUAUUAUUUUAACUGACUCACAGCUUCCACACUGUUUGCGGAUGUAUACGGCAAUAUUCUUAUCUGAAGCUGUUCCGGUUAACUCAUGACCAACUGAAUCCUCACGGUUCACCAGCGACUUUGAGCAUCUUCCAAGCAGCCACAUUUCAGACAUCCAUGUGCUGUAGACACACAUUGGCUUACGUUGUGACUCCACAUUACCAAAGUACUUUUUAAUAAAAAAAUAAAGAGAAGCCCCCAUGCACUGGGUCAAGAAAACAAUCCCACAGCGAAGUAUCCUUUGAGCUUGUGAUUUCACAAGGUGCAAAAAGCUGACCUGGCUUACAGCCACCGUCUUCCACCGCAGCGCAGAUCUUCCCCUGCUGCUCCUCUUUCUCCAAAUGCUCCGUGUAAUGUUUCGUGCUUUGUGAAUAGCAACGUCGUGUAUUUUCUGCAGGGGAUUUGUAACAUAACUACUGCUGUGUGUUUAAAGGCGAACUGUGAGGAUGUGAUACUUUGAUACUUUUAAUGUGCUUACAUUUCCACUGAGAUGGAAACACAUGUAGUCGUGGAACAUUCCAUCAUAUAUCUAUAUUAUCCUUUUUCUCUACAUUCGAUAAUCAUUCAUUAUCAUCAUGCAAAUUAUUGCAAAAUACUCUGUCUUUAUAUGGCGUACAGUAGGUAUCCAAAACAGGAAAUUGUAUAAGUAUAAGCAGUUUUUAAAUUCCAGUGUCCUUUAACUGCUUUAAAGAUGGCCAAAUGAUCUUGAAGUGUACCAUCUGAAUCUCACUUCCCUAAUAAUUAGCACUAAAUCAAACCUUUUACAAGGCAUGUUUUUUCUUCUUCAAGGAUGUCAUUAGAACGCCUACGUAAAAGGUUGUUAACAAGCUGAUUAUUUCCAGAGUAAUUGCUUGUUACAUCCCAGGUGUAACAGUUUGAUGUUUACAGGAGACAAAUACUCCAGCAUACAUGAAUACAAAUAAGAUAUUUGAGAACCUGUGAGCAGAGCCCGGCUGUUUAAAUAGAGUUUUUGUUGAUCAUUUAAUAGUAAUAAAUAUGAUGACAGUAAUACAAAUGAAAUAAUGAUCAUAUUACAUAUGAUGUGUGUGUGUGUGUGUGUGUGUGUGUGUGUGUGUGUGUGUGUGUGUGUGUGUGUGUGUGUGUGUGUGUGUGUGUGUGUGUGUGUGUGUGUGUGUGUGUGUGUGUGUGUGUGUGUGUGUGUGUGUUAAAUUCAAUAAGUAAAUAGGCCAUAAUGAUUAUUAAGAAUACUACCACAAAAAGGAACUUCCCAUUACUGCAAUAAUCUAGUUCAAAUAAGAUUUUAUUUGCUUUUUUCAGUCUCACAAAAACGAUGUGUUCAUUGAGCCUAAAAAGCAUUUGUGUGUUAGCUUAACAAAACACACACUACUGUGAUUCUAGUCAGUGGAUGGAGCCACAGAAUCACAGUAGUUGACAAGGUGAUUGACCGUCAGCUAAGCCCCACCCUCUUAGUACCCGUUGCUACCUGUCAGGUCUCUACUCCUGCCUGGUAAAUAUGCUGUUCACAAUGAUAAAGUUAACAGUUUUACACUCAUUUGUACUGUCUUUUGGGUCCUUAAGUAAGCCUAAGCUUUUCAAUGAAAUUACAUUUCAUGGCUGAGUAAGCUAGCUCUAUUAGCUCAGAAUGCCGCCUCUAUCAGAAUUUAAAAGUUGUAAAAGCAAGUAAGUAAACAUGUUUAACCUUAAAAUACGGUACCAGACGGACAUUACGAUUCAAAUCAACGUUUCAAGACGGUUAGCAGCAUCCAUGUUUAUGUACACCCCAGUCAUGAAAACCUUUGUAGUGGGCACAUACCAACAAGCUACACAUACUUGCGACAAUUCAAGAACUCCUUGAGUCUUAGGUAUUAAAGCAUACAGAGCCAUAGUAACGCUAUGCUUUAUCCACACACUUUUGUCAGUUUAAUGUAGAACAGUGACAUCUAUAGCUGGAUAAGUGACAUUUCGUUUGGCUUAUUUUCUGUAACAGUGUAGCAUUAAAGCAUGGGGGAAUUAUCAAGUCAGCUAGCUGCUGGGCAACUUGCUAGUUAGCUGGAGGACAUGCUAUGUUUAUUUACUUAGAGCAGAUAAACACAAUGUUUAAUCGCCCUUAAUUCCUUUUAGUUUGUGUAUUUUCCUUUUAGGAAUAACAAAAAAAAGACACAAAAAUCGAUAUAUAUAAAUAUGUGGAGUUUUGCAGACCUGCUAAGCUAACAUUGCUAAGCUAAGAUUGGCAAAUGCUGUCUAAGGGAGGGGUUUGAUUAGCCUGCUCACCUUCCAAGAACAGGAAGUUUGAGCUAACAACACCGAUUGUUAUUCUGCUCGCUCUAAGGAUUGUUUGUAAAAGCAUCAUUCUGAUCUGCAGUCAGCUUUAUCUCAUCUUGUGUCCUUUUAUUAUCCCUUUUGCAAACGUUUCCUCACCUUUGGCAAUGUGUCAAAAUGGACCAAAUGAGCAUUUCGUUGUGAGACUACUUGAAGGUAUAAAUUAUACUUUUUUUAAAAUUUAUUGUGAAGAUGCCUACAACUUGGUUUGUAAUAGCGCAGUGUUAUAAGCCAUAACUUAGCCACAAGGAUUUACUAUCGCUGCCACGCAAUAAUGGCUGUGAUGAUAAACUGAUGUGUUAACCUGGAUCACUGAGUCUGGUAACUUAGAGUACAUCAGGAGGCCUUUGUUGCCCUGCAGAGGCAGUAACUGUGUUUGAUUUAGGAUUAAAAGCAAGAGGAAUCACACCACAUAGUUUAAAUGUGUUUUUCUAGAACUUCUUUCAGAUGAAAGAAAACUUUGAUGUCACUUUCUAAGUUUUGUUGGAUUUAAAAUGCAGUUUAGGAUCCAGAUAAUGCCAUACCCAUCUAUUGGGUCAGAUUCUAAUCAAUGACUAUACGUCAUAUUAUUUUAGUUUCUCACCGGUGCACAUUUACAUGUUUCACCACAUUUAUUUAUUGGCAGAUAAAUUCUCUCAUUCAUUCAAUAUAUCUUGACAGACCUGAUACUUUUGAUGUGACUCAUUCGAUCUGAGUUGUAAAGUUGGCUAGUAACUACCUCAAGUUCAGCAGUGCUCUGCAGAAACUGACUAUAAGGUGGUAGUGCUGGACAGAUUUUGUGAAAGGAGAACUCCAUGUCAGUGCUGAGAAACGGGUUUAAAAAUGUUCCCAUGAAGGGAUUCAUUUUGAAAUCCGUACUGUAGGUAAACUACAGUGCAGUGUCUGUGACAUAACCCUAAUGAGGAUAUAGACAGCAUCCCAUGUGUGUAGAAAGUUAACUGGACAUUAAGGCCUUAUUUCUUUCUUAAAUAAGGGCUAUUUAAAUGUUCAUACAGUCAAUUUACAUUUGUUAUAAAUAUCUGCUGACUCGUAGACGUUUCUUUGCCAAUGUUAAUCUUCUAGGAAAGUAUUUAAGGGGCUCACUGGCAUCACGUGACACAGCUUAAAUAUCUUGAUUUAGCUACUAAGAAAAUUGGUUUAAAUCCUCACACUUUUUCUGGGGGCUUUGGACUCAUUAAGAGGGCAAAUAUCCCAAAGGUCUUUGAUUUGAUUUAUAGGUGUUAGAUUUAUUUAAUUUCCAAACAAUAAAGAUUCGCAGAGUUUAACUUUUUUCAAUUUAGUUUAACUAAACCUGCCAUUUGUAGUCAGUGGUAUACACUGUACCAAUUGGGUCCUACUUCUAAUUUGUGCCACAGGGCCCUCCAGCAGGUUUAUCUGGCCCUGGUACUUACAUUUAGUUUUUUUCAACCAACAUGUGGUAGUCAUAGGAAGGCCAUGUUUAGAAGAAUACUUUUCAACCAGAAGAUGAAAUGUCUUUGAAAUGGACUUCUUUACUUGUCUUAUCUUUUAUAUGACUGGCAGAUUUCCCUGGCUAAACAGCGACCAGGCUUCCUCACUGAAAACUAAUACCUUCCUAAUUUAUCUUCAAAAAGCUGCCGUUGAUGUCACAGAUGCUGCACUCAUUGUCAAGUGUGCUCAUUUCACCCAGAAUCUUUGAGACAGAGUUGCAUCACUUCACCCCAUCUUUUCAUUUCCCUCAUUAUUUCAGUUAAAUGGCACAUGCAAUACUCUGUUUUAAAAUACUUUUCUCAGACAAUAUAUGUUUGAAUCUGUGAUCAACUGUGUUUUAAACGAAUACACAACCUAUCACUGAAUGAAAUAUGCAGCAACAGAGACUUGCCAUUACGUACAGUGAAUACUGCAAGGAAAACCAAGUCCACUUUAAAUGUGGCAUCUGUAAAGAGAUAUAAAGUCAUUGCUCGGGUUUAUUUGCCGAUGUUUCAGUCCACUGUGUCCCUUCCUCUCUGCUGAAUGGUGGGUGGUAUUGUAGGGUAUUUAAGCGUGUUAUUGUCCAGUAUAUCGGUGUAAAUGUGGCAUGAAAACCAACCCCUCCUGUGUGCCUCAGGUGUGUACAUUUGGUCGUCAUGUGAUUUUAAUGUCUGGCUGCUUAUUUGUGAGACGGGUGAUGCAUCUCAUGUGUUUCUGUAAUUUAUAAUUAUAAAGAUAAUUUUGUUUUCUGUAUUUAUGUUCUUCUGUCUGAAAAUCAAGAAUUCUGUUA